UCCAGUGAACUCCUCCAGCAAGGCAUGGUCUUACGUUGCCUUGCUCAAAGCCACCAGCUCUCUCUCUCUCUCUCUCUCUCUCUCUCUCUCUCUCUAGACGGAUCAUACGCUUUGUGGUAUCGAUGCAGCAUUGUGAAUUGAAUUCGAGACGCAUACGUUGAACUGGCUUGUCGAAGCGGAGGCCAAAUGUGGAGCAGAAUCGGGAAUUCGAAGUUGAGAAGAGAAAUCGCGAAUCGAGCGAUCAGGAGGUGGUCGUCGGCGUCGUCAUCCGUCGAGCCGUCGAGUGGAGGGAGGUUCGCUGCAGUGUGGGGGAAUGGGGAUUACGGGAGAUUGGGGCACGGCAAUCUGGAGUCGCAGUGGAGGCCAAAGCCUGUUGCCCUUUCAGGGUUUAAGCAACAAAGUCUCAAGUCCAUCGCUUGCGGCGGAGCUCACACCCUCUUCUUAACAGAAUCUGGGCGAGUUUAUGCAACUGGUCUGAAUGAUCAUGGACAGCUUGGAAUUUCAGAUGAUAAAAUGUAUACUACUGAGCCUGUAGAAGUUUGUGGACUGCCCGAAGAAAUUGUUGAAAUAUCUGCUGGCUACCAUCACUCUUGUGCCAUCACAGUGGAUGGAGAACUCUACAUGUGGGGGAAUAACUCAAGCGGACAGCUUGGCCUCGGAAAAAAAUCUGCAAAAGUUGUCCCAGUACCAACUAAAGUGGAGUGCUUGACUGGAAUGUUUGUAAAAAGGGCAGCUUUGGGCUCGGAGCAUUCAAUUGCUAUCACAGAUGAAGGUGAUGCUUUAAGCUGGGGAGAUGGAGGAUCUGGCAGACUUGGUCAUGGACAUGAAUCAAGCAUUUUCGGGUUUCUAGGAAGCAGCAGUGAAUACACACCAAGGCUCAUCAAGAAGCUUGAGGGGCUGAAGGUUAAAAAUAUUGCUGCUGGGCUGCUGCAUUCAGCUUGCAUAGAUGAGAAUGGAUCUGUGUUCUUAUUUGGUGAGAAAGCUUUACAAAAACUGGGAUUUGGAGGGGAUAAAAAUGCAACAACUCCUUCCAUGAUUGAUGAGCUACCGUACUCUGAAGAAGUUGCUUGUGGUGGCUAUCACACAUGCGUUAUAACAUGUGGUGGGGAGCUUUAUACAUGGGGCUCGAAUGAAAAUGGCUGUCUGGGAAAUGGGUACAAGCGACUUAUUAAGAUCAAUAUGCAGCAUGAAACCUCCUCUCUUUUCCAGUGCUACUCUCAGUGUUCUUAUUGGGAUGAUUUUGAACUUGUUAUGGUCAGGUCAACAGAUGUCUUCCAUUUACCUGAGAGAGUCGAGGGUCCUUUUGUCAAAUCUCCUGUUAGCAAGGUAUCCUGUGGUUGGAAGCAUACAGCUGCUAUCUCUGAUGGCAAAGUUUUCACCUGGGGUUGGGGAGGUUCUCAUGGGACUUUUUCAGAAGAUGGACAUUCUUCUGGUGGACAGCUGGGCCAUGGGGAUGAUGUGGACUACAUAAAACCGGCAAUGGUCUACUUUGCCGAGCCUGUGAAAGCAGUACUUGUAUCAUGCGGGUUCAACCACACUGGGGCAAUAUUUGAGUUCGCCGAAGCUUAGGGCUUACGUGAGAUCAAGUUUUGCCAACUCUUUGAUCUCGAUAAUAAUGUCUAUAGCAUUAUUUGACCACACAAGGAAUAAUAACACGCUUUUACUUCUCCGGCAAUAUACACAAUGAGCAAGUAAUUGAGGAGGUGGUUGUAGACAGGCUGACACAGGGACACAUGCAGAAAAGAUCCUUUGGAGGAACAUACAGCUGUACAAAUGCAGAAACAAUCUUUGUAAUGAUUGACCUGUACCGGUAUAUUAUAUUCUUUGAUAAGUAUACCUGCGAGUGAUAUAAGGCACAAAACUUGUACAGUAAAUUUUGUAUAUGAACAAGCCUCCUCUUUUUU